AUGAGUUCACAGUGCAAAAAACACUUCAUCCAAGACACCUGCUUCUAUGAGUGCUCUCCUCACUUGGGACCAUGGAUAGAAGAGGCAAACCAGAGUUGGCGUAAGGAGCGCAUUUCUAAUGUGCCCCUGUGUUUAGAAGACUGUGAAAGUUGGUAUGAGGACUUGGAGGCGGAAGACCGCAGCAGCGCGCCGCUUGACGAGGCUCCAUCAGCGGUGAGGAUUUCCAGCCUGAUUUCCGUGGCACUGGGACUCCGUGAGGGAGGGUAG